AUGGCAAAUGCAGAUUUUAGAAAGGAUGUGACGAUGCCUGUCCGACCAAGAAGUGUCUAUACAGCGCACUCCUACAAUCAGGAGGAGUCCAACUUGUCCGCCUUCCAAGACUACAGCAAGUUUCUUGAGGGUGGUCUCGGGCAAGCUGAGCUGGUGGGCGCUGCAGGUUGGCAGCCACCAUGGCGCGCUCCUCUGCAGCGCAAGGCGCCUUUCUACCCAGGGGAUGAUAUUUAUCAUGCUGAUACUUGGCGGGAGCUGGAGAUGACUGACGUAGUCGGGGGCGCUGGAUACAAUGCUUCGGUCACGCCUCAUGGCACCGUCUGCCUCCGCCUGAGAGACAGAGUCAAAGUGGAUAUGACCAUCGACGGAGCUGUACGCGUAACCAAUGCUAAGAAUAACAUUAUCUUGGCGUUGUCGCGCUCUGGCGCAGCUGCAGCACUGAUCCACCCAAACGGACGAGUCUACCACUACGGAUCCAGAGUUGAGAUCCAGGCCCGCCACCAACAGGGCAAUAACAAGUAUGCGAAGAUGUGGUACAAGGGUGUGUCAUUCACUGCGGAACAGUGUGCGCUGGUGUACUUGGUGGACGCAGCUGGCACGCGCACCACCACCGAUACUUUCCUUGACAUGAGUCAGGACUUCACCCUUAAUGUCUUCUACAACGAGUCCCGCCAUGGGCCGUCGUACGUGAAUGAAGCACUGUCGCUGCUGCAGGCCGCGCAGUACUGGCUGACCGAUGAUGGCAUUGACAACUGGAUCAUCAACAACGUACGCGUCAGUCAAACUGCGGAUGGACUCGUCAGGAUUCACCGAUGCAGCCACAAGUACCAGCUGCGCACCAGCCCAAGCAACGGGUCCGCGUCCAUCACGAGUCCGUUCCUGCACUGUACCGCUUCACUAGGCCAAACUCAACAUCUCUUUGUUAGACGUGGUGAGAGGCGGAUGCACUUCGACGGCAAUUCCUUCAUCGUCCGCAACGCCGGUCACUCGGCUGGUUUCGACGACAAGAAUCAACUGAAAGUGUACUGA